CAUCUCCUACACUACAAUAUUAAUGGCAUUCAUUGCCUCUCAUUAUAUACAAUUCCAACCCUACUAGCCCUCAUUGACUAUUGAUGCAUGAGUAGGAGUCGAAAUCUUCAGUAUACUACUGUACACUUGCAAAUUUACCAAUGUAUCUGCGGCAAUGCCCGCCAUUAAACCGUUACGUAUCAUGCGUGAUUUAAGGUGCAAGAAGACAUCCAGGUUUCAGUGUGUCGGAAUUAGUACGCGAAAGAUUAAAAGUGUACCGAAGAAUGGUCUGCCCUUGUUGAAGCAUUUUCAUGAGACAAUAACAUUCCAGACGGCGUUGCGCAUACCUACGUUAACCACUUAGAACUAAUGGCAGAAGUACAGGAACAUGCCAGAGCUCCAGAUAUUGAACAUGCCUAACAUCUGGUUGGAUCACACUGCUUGCGCGUUCCUGAGCUUCUCUACUUCGGGCCAGGCUGAGCGUUCUUGCGGAUUUUGUUUACUGCCACCCCUUGCCACAAAAAAGAAAGCAUCUUGUCCGCUAUAAGGAGUGCCAGUUAUCGCCAUCUGGGGAGAUACAUCUUCAUCUCUCUAGACUCUCUGGCUCUCAGGGUCUGAUUAUAAGCGGCGCUGUGUCCUGAAAGGUGUUUACGGUUCUACAAGUGGUGGCAUAUAGCUCAGGAAUAUACCAGUCUUUUACCGGAACUCCCACAAUGAAGGGCCUUGCUUUUAUGUGCGGCCUGCUGGCUACAUCUGUGUCUGGGCACAUGCAGAUGUCGAAACCAUAUCCGAUCCGGAGCCCGUUGAACAAGGACGCAGAUGGCGAGAAGGACUAUUCAUACACGAACCCGCUGUCUACCAGUGGCUCUGAUUACCCUUGCAAAGGAUACGCUAACGACCCUUUCAACUCUGUCGCCACAUACAGUCCAGGCCAGGAGUACGAGAUAGAACUGCAAGGUAGUGCAACACAUGGUGGUGGUUCCUGUCAGAUCGGUCUCUCCUACGACAAAGGAGAGACCUUCCAUGUCAUUCACUCCAUUCUAGGAGGAUGUCCCAUUGAAAAGAAAUACAAGUUCACAGUUCCCAGCGAUGCGCCAAAUGGGGAGGCUUUGUUAUCCUGGACAUGGUUCAACAAGGUCGGUAACCGCGAGAUGUACAUGAACUGUGCGCAAGUCACAAUUGGCGGCGGUGCUGCGAAGCGUGCACAAACAAAUGCUCUCUCUCGUCGUGACAGCUUCGACAGUCUCCCAGAGAUCUUCCAGGCCAACAACAAUGGGCCAGGCAAAUGCACCACCACAGAGGGUGAGGAAGUGAACUUCCCACUACCUGGCCCCUCCAAAGAGGGAAGCCUCUCCGGCAAGGGCUAUACAUGCAAGAGUUCCGCUCCUUUCCUGGGUGAUUCCAGUUCGCCCAGUGCCAGUGGUACUAGCAGUGGUACUAGUGGUACUAGCUCUGUUGCCCACGGCCCUAUGAGUUUCGCUCACAAGUUUGGCUCUUCUGCAUCAGCUACACCCUCCAGUAGGGUGCCUUCGGCCUUUGGUACUCCAUCUUCCGCACAUGGUGCUUUUGCCACACCGUCCUCCUCGCAACCAGCGCGCCCCGAGUCGCACCCUCUCAAGCACCACGAGGUGAGUCAGGAACACUGCAAAGACGGUACCAUUAUUUGCAGCGAGGAUGGUCGGACCUGGUCUGUGUGCAGCUAUGGUCGCCCCGUCUUCAUGGGUUCUGUUGCCGCCGGGAUGCGCUGCCGUCACGGCGCCAUGCACCGCGCGUGGUCAACAUGAAUUUGAACAUCUAUUUGUACUGGCUAAGUGCAUAUCCCUCGAUCAGGCUCGCCCGGCGCGAGUAUACACCAUCUUCAUAUCCAUCGUCAGGGUGGUUCUUCUUUGUUUCCAUUUUUAGUUUGUGGAUCCAGGGCUUAUAUUACUAUGCAAUUGUUCUGUCUUCUAUUCUAAUUAGCCAGUGUCCUGUGAUCUUGUACUUUUCUUGUGAUAUGCUCAAAUCGAAUCUAAUUCCAUUUUAUCUCCACAAUGGGAUUACGAUCCGUUGCUUCUCUUCGGUAGACAUAUCUCCCAUUCCUACUAUGUCUUCGUUCGUGAUUUUAAAGCAGUGGCCUACUUCCUAAGCCUAUUCAGGAUGUCCAAAAACCCUGAAAUUGUGGUUUU